UUUCAUUUUUGGAGUCUAAAAAUGAAAACUCUUUUCAAAUCACAAGAACUUUGGAGCUGUGUAGAGAAUGGCUUUGAAGAUGAUGGCACUGAAGAACCGGACCAGAACUUAAGGGAGAAAAGGAAGAAGGAUGCAAAGGCCUUGUAUAUCAUCCAACAAUCCUUGGAUGAUGUUGUGUUUCCACGCAUUGCAGCAGCUUCUACAGCAAAAGAAGCAUGGAAAAUACUUAAUUAAUCAAGAGUAUGUGGGAGAUAAAAAGGUUAUCACCAUUCGUUUGCAGUCCUUGAGUAGAGAAUUUGAGAACUUACUGAUGAAGCAAAAAGAAUCAGUCCCAGAUUAUAUCUCAAGGGUGACUGGGUUGGUUCAGGAGAUGAGUACUCUUGGUGAGCAGCUCAAAUCUAGCCAAAUUGUGGAAAAAAUUCUCAGAAGUCUUACAAAGAAAUAUGAGCAUGUGGUUGCAGCGAUUAAGGAAUCAAAAGACCUUGAAACCUACACAUUUGAGGAGCUCAAAGGCUCUCUUCAAGUAGGGUUGUAAACGAAUCGAAUCGAAUCGAAUAGUAGAGGCAGAGGGAGAGAUGGUUCCAGGGGCAGAGGUCGUGGGAGAGGUCAACAGAGUGAGGGAAGAGAUCAAACUUCUCAAACUCAUAAGAACCCUCUCAAAUGUUAUUACUGCAAGAAACCUAGACAUAAGGAGGCAAACUGCUGGAAAAAAGAAGAAGAUGAGAACAAAGGAGAUUCCAAAUCAAACUUUGUUGAGCAUGAAGAGAAGCUUUUUCUAGCCCAAAAUGCUUCAAGUCAAACUGGUGAGAAUGGGGUAUGGUAUGUUGACAGUGGUUGCUCAAAUCACAUGUCAAGUGCCAAAUCUUUGUUCAGAGAAUUGGAUGAUACUAUGAAAGGCACAGUAAGACUUGGAGAUAGGAAGCAACUUGAUAUGGAAAGAAGAGGCACAAUUGUAAUCACUGCUGAGCAAGGCAACACCAAGCUUCUAUAUGAUGUACAGUUUGUACCUAAGC